UUUUAGUAUAGUUUCCGAUACUCAACCAUUUUGCCAACUCUAUUAAAUUCUAUACACAAUUUCCCCGCUCAGAUUGUAAACAAGAAGCCGCUUGAUCCGCAAUCGGUCCUGGAAUCCUCCAGCCGCAAUGGACACCUGUUUCUUUUGCGGCGCCGUCGAGCUGGGUGACGCUGGCUCCUCCAGUGCGAGUUCCAUGCGCUACGAGAAGCUGACGGCCAAAGUGCCCUCGUCGCAGAAGACUGUCUCGCUUGUGCUCACACACCUGGCCAACUGCAUACAGACGUCGCUCGACCUGAAGCCCAACGCCCGGUUGUGCCCGCGAUGCUUCCAGGAACUCUCGGACUACGACACUAUCAUGGUCAACCUGAUGACCACCCAGAAACGGCUGACUAAUCAGCUUAAGGGAGCCCUGAAGUUCGAGUUUGAAGUUCCCGAGUCCGGCGAGGAUAUCCUGGUGGAGGAGGUGGAAGUGCCUCACAGCGACUUCGAAACAGACGCGGAUGCCGAGGCAGACGCCCUCUUUGUGGAGCUGGUCAAGGAACAGGACGAAUCCGAUACGGACAUAAAAAGGGAGUACGAAGACGAGGAGGACGACGACGACGAGGAGUUCAUUUGCGAGGAGGUGGAGGUGGGCGACUCUGAGGGCCAAUUUGCCAAGUCCUCCGAUGGAGAAGAAAAGCCCAUGAAAAAGCGUGUCAAGCAGGAGUGCGGCACCUGCGGCAAGGUGUUCAACUCCUGGUACCAGCUGCAGAAGCACACCAGUGAGGAGCACUCCAAGCAGCCGAGCCACAUUUGCCCUAUCUGCGGGGUGAUCCGAAGGGACGAGGAGUACCUGGAGCUACACAUGAACGUGCACGAGGGCAAGACGGAAAAGCAGUGCCGCUACUGUCCCAAGACCUUCUCGCGCCCAGUGAACACGCUGCGGCACAUGCGCAUGCACUGGGACAAGAAGAAGUACCAGUGUGAGAAGUGCGGCCUGCGGUUCUCGCAGGACAACCUGCUCUACAACCACCGGCUGCGACACGAGGCCGAGGAGAACCCGAUAAUCUGCAGCAUCUGCAAUGUUUCGUUCAAGUCGCGCAAGACCUUCAACCAUCACACGCUAAUCCACAAGGAGAAUCGGCCGAGGCACUACUGCUCCGUGUGCCCAAAGUCGUUCACCGAGCGCUACACCCUCAAGAUGCACAUGAAGACCCACGAGGGCGACGUUGUCUACGGUGUGCGGGAGGAGGCGCCAGCCGACGAGCAGCAGGUGGUCGAGGAGCUGCACGUGGACGUGGACGAAUCGGAGGCGGCCGUCACCGUCAUUAUGUCCGACAACGACGAGAACAGUGGCUUUUGCCUCAUAUGCAACACCAACUUCGAAAACAAAAAGGAGCUCGAGCACCACUUGCAAUUUGAUCACGACGUAGUCUUGAAAUAAAACUACUAUUACCUACAAUAAGUAAUUAUAUAUAUAUAUAUAUAUGCAUAUAUUAUAUAUAUAAGUAAUUAUAUCUCCCUAGUAUAUCUCCUUGUCUUUGUACUUGACUAUUGUAGAUUUCGCCGCAAAAUAUAAUUUACUGGUAUUCGAAUUGUGUUUUUUGUGAAGUGCGAUAUCUGAUUAAAACUAAUCAAACCUUA